GGCCGCACCCCCGCCCCGCGGUGCCGGCGGCGGCCAUGCUGCGGCCCAAGGCCCUGACGCAGGUGCUCAGCCAGGCCAACACCGGCGGCGUCCAGAGCACGCUGCUGCUGAACAACGAGGGCUCCUUGCUUGCCUACUCUGGCUAUGGGGACACUGAUGCCAGGGUCACUGCAGCCAUCGCCAGCAACAUCUGGGUGGCCUACGACAAAAACGGGCACCAGGCGUUCAAUGAGGACAACCUCAAAUUCAUCCUCAUGGACUGCAUGGAGGGGCGAGUGGCCAUCACACGGGUGGCAAACCUGCUGCUCUGCAUGUACGCCAAGGAGACGGUCGGAUUUGGGAUGCUGAAAGCCAAGGCACAGGCACUGGUCCAGUACCUGGAGGAGCCACUCACACAGGUGGCUGCAUCGUGAGCAGGCAGGGGAGGGCCCUGACAGCAUCACCAUCACCGUGGGUUGGGCAUGAGGGGCCCCACGGGCAUCCCAGAGCUCCAGUGUGGUCUGAAAAAUAAUGUGGCAGGAAUCCAGAAUCUGGGGUGAAUAAAGUGUGUUUGAUG